AUGGAAAGUUUUCCGAUGCCCCACAGCCUCAAAAUCUCCCAACCAACAAACAAAAUUGAAAAUGAUAGAAUAAGUGAAGAUGAGCUGCGUGCAUUUUCUUCCACGUUUCGUGCUAGUGCACAGUGCACUCACUCACUACGCAAUGGCCAUGGCAAUACUAUUCCCAUGCCAAUCGGUGCUCCUGGGGUUGGGAUGCACGUGGUCACGUGGGUGAGAAUCCAAGAACAAGAGAGGGGAGACACAGAUGUGGGGCCAGUGCCAGGCUUGAUCGCAGCCGUCAAUGUCAAAGUCGGGUACAUACAGCUGGCUGCAUUGGACCUACAGCUGGCUUUUCAUUACUGGAGGCAAGGAAUAUUACUCUUCCCAAGGAAAUGA